AACUGGAACAAGCUGUUAAAUCGCAUCGUCUCGAUUUUCGAUAUCGUUUGGUAUUUUUGUGUCAAAAAUACGUAAAGUAAAGAAAAUGUGGUGCAAAGUGACUUUGAUUUAAAAAUUUGUUUUUCAUCCGUUGUAUUCGAACGAAGUAGCAAACAACGGCUGCAGCUGUAUACAAACAUUGUUUUGAAACUGUCCAGAUAAUAAAAAAAAUAAAUAUUUAGUUUGUUUUAUUUUUGUUUAUGUUUUCGUCACCGGAAUAAAGUCAUUUGAAUACUUUUUAUCGAAACAUUUGCUGUGGGCGUGUACAUUUUACAAUAAAAUUGUUAUCAGAUAUAAUUGUCAGUAGUGGUUAGUGCAACAGAAAUGUGUUACAGAAAUAGUUCGGUCAAAAAAUUUAAGAAAAAAUAAUCUUAAGAAAUUACAAAAUACUCGUGCAUGAAAUGAAACUAAAAAAAAAAACGAAAUAGAAUUAAAACAAAUAAAGGAAUGGAGAGAGAAAAAGUGUGUGUAUGUACAUGAGAAAAGAUAGUCUGAAUUAUAAAAUGAUGGAAAACCGAUUCAACUUUUCGGUAUAAAAUCUUGAAAUUGUUUACACUUUCCGCUCCCUAGACUCGAGCGCACAAAUAUUGUUCAAUUAAUAGGAACAUAUUUAUUCAAAGCAAGUGUUGCAAAUUAUAUUGAGAGUCCAACGGUAACGUGUUGCUUAGCCACCUCUCUUCUAUUACCCGGUGUGCGCAAACGAGUGGUAUUUUUUUUAAAAAGGUGGAAUGGAAAAUUCGUUCGAAUAAAAAAACAAAUUGAAAAUGUUAUGCUCUUUAUUAUAAAUAGAAAACGCGGACGCAAAGGCAUUCUAGCGUAUUUAUUAUUCUGUUUAUUGUUUAAAGAGAAACAAAGCAAGAGCUGAAUACUUAUUGAUUUUAUGCGAUGAACAAAUAAAAACAUCGUAAUUUCAUACGGUUAUAAACGAGAGAAAGAAAGUGGGUGUGUGAGAGGGAGAGAAAAGCAAAUUAAUGUUCGGAGAGAGUGAGCAGACAGCCAUAAAAAGACACAGUUCCGAAAGUAUUGUGCUAUUGUUUUUGUUGUUUAGAAUUUCAUUUGUGUUACUAUUAUUCCGAAGCAUUGUAGUCGAGGCGCUUUCAGUUUCGCUACAAUUAACACUCGGCGAACAAAGUGGUAUCAUCGCUGCUGCAACUGCAACUGUAUUGGUGGGCAACAUGUAAGGAGUGGAUAAAACAUCUAAGCCAAUAAUACUCUUUGCUUCAAGACGACAGUCGUUAGAUACAUCAAUCUUAGUUUGAAAUACAGAAACCAGCAAGUGGUGUGAGGAAGAGAGAUUGAGAGAGGGUGAGGAGUGGAGAAAAAGGAAUAAUCAGAAAAAUCGAUUUAAAAAGAGCUAUGGGUGCGAAUUCAUCGCGUACGUGUGCCGCUUCACUCUCAGACGAUGAUGUGAAUUUCGAUUCAUUUCAAAUAUUGAGGGCUAUUGGGAAAGGUAGUUUCGGUAAGGUGUGCAUUGUGCAGAAACGGGAUAGCGGUCGAUUAUUCGCCAUGAAAUAUGUGAGUCGUGGUGUUUUAGAUGGCAAAGGUGCUUUAGGUGGUGUAAUUAAAGAAGUUGAAUUACUAUCGUCGCUCGAACAUCCUUUCCUAGUCAAUUUAUGGUUUUCAUUUCAAGAUGAAGAGGACUUAUUUAUGGUAUGCGAUUUAUUAACGGGUGGUGACUUACGUUAUCAUUUGAUGCAACAGGUGGAAUUUUGUGAAAAAAGCGUAUCGCUAUUGGUGUGCGAACUUGGUUCAGCGCUCGAAUAUUUACGACAUCAACGUGUUAUUCACAGGGAUUUAAAGCCAGAUAACAUUUUAUUGGAUGAGGAAGGUCACGCUCAUCUAACAGAUUUCAAUAUAGCAACUCGUUUACAAAGUGAUGGAUUCGCUUGCAGUAUGUCUGGGACAAAACCGUACAUUGCGCCGGAAAUUUUUAUGGUAGCCUUGGAUGAAAUGGCUGGCUACUCGUAUCCGGUUGAUUGGUGGUCGCUUGGAAUAGUUGCAUAUGAAAUGCGUGCUGGUAGCCGACCCUUUGUUAUUCACUCAACCACACCAAUAGAUGAAGUCAGAGAUAUUUUGUUUACAGAGCCAUUAUUUCCAAGACAAUGGAGCACAAAUUUCAUUGAACUCAUACGAAAACUACUGAAUGUGAAUCCAGAUGAUCGAAUUAGUUCGCAAAUGGAAUUGUCACAUACACCAUUAUUACGUAACUUGGACUAUCAACAGAUUUUAAAAAAGGAUAUAACGCCACCAUUUAAACCACCAACUGAUCAUUUGAACUGUGAUCCAAGCUUGGAGCUGGAAGAAAUGAUAGUAGAAACAAAACCAUUGCAUAAGAAAAAUAAACGUUUAGCCAAACAAAGAUCAGCACAAAGAGAUUCGGCCGAAAGCAGUAAUGCCGAAAGUAAUUUUAUUAAAGAAUUUAUAGUUUAUAAUCGUUGUAAAGAACUUGAACGAAAGGCGAUGGAAUUGAAAGAAAAAGAAUGGCAAGAUGAAUUAAAUGCAUUAAUGGCCAAUUCAGAAGUUAAGAAUUUAUGUAGCAUUAAAGAAGCGACCAAUGAACAAAUGCAACCACACGAGGAUAACAUUCAAAACGGACAAAAUCGAUUGAUUUCGGCUAAAUCAAUCAAAGCAGUGGUACAACAAAUAACCGACGAAACAAUUACGAAAAGCAUUCAAGCACCAACCGCGAUUGAUUGUGACACCAUUGAUUUUAUUGAUCGAACACCGUCACCAAAAGCAUAGCGCGUAUCUCUUACAUCACAUCACACUCAUCAACAUACAAGCAAAUUUACCGAUGAGAUUACCGAUUUUAAAUACAACAUAUUUCUAUUUGAUGCGAUACUAUUGAUGUCCCGAAAGCUUAUCCAAACAAUUACUACGUAUACUUUUAUCUACUGCAAGUACCAAUUUGAAAAUCUUAUGCAUUAUUUUGACUGAAUCCGUAUCUCAAAAAUAAAAAAAAAAUUGUAUAUACAUUAAAUUUAUAUUAGCGAAUAUUUGUAAUCGUGCAAUUGACUAUGUAAAAAUGUUUGCAAAAAACUAUUUUCGACUUUGUACAAUUUUAACGGAAUGUAUUUGGGAAAGAUCCCAACUGAACUUUACCCCCUCCCACACACAGAGCCUAUCACUUGUUCCUCUUUUUUUGAAUCAAAUACGUUUUAGCGACUGCUUCAGCAGCAUAAAUAAACUAUACGAAAUAAA